GUGUCCAGUGCGCCUUAGAGAUGACCAGGCUGCAACUGGAUGAGUGGAGGAAGCAAGGACUCCGAGGACAGGAAGGAGCACUCACCCAGAAGGCUUUGCUCCAGGAAGAACUGGUCACUAUCCGAGCAAGGAUGUGUGACGUCUCAUUGGAAAUGGAUAGAGUGUGGAGCCAGUAUGAGAGGAUGGAGAGCGAGCUGUCUGUGUUCAGAUCACACCUGCAGCACGUCUGUAAUUUCGGGAUGCCACAAGAGCAGUCCCAGGCCCAGAGAGAGCUGUGGAUGAUGGACGACAUCCUCUCUGGACUCAGGGUCAACAGGGAUAACUUCCGGGUCCUGCUGGGCUUCCAGAUGCACACAGUUCCCACAGGAGUAUUCCAGAAGUCAUCCUCCCACCCGGGGACCCCUGGAUCUCCAACAGAGAGGAUGCCGAGUGGAUUGCCAACGGGGGUGGAAUCAGAGCCUCCGGCCCGCCCCCCUUUACCCCAGGAGCUCCAAGACACCAAUCAGGGAAGAGACCAGGGGCAUGUGUGGACGGAUCCGAAUUACGAGGGCAUUUACGGUGGCCCAGGAGAUCCAUUGGACAGAAGAGGAAACAGCCAAUCUGAUCUCCAUGGUGACAGGACACAGAGAGAGACAUCAGAAUCUCAGUCUAGUUCAAGAUGGUCCACACCAGACACCACAAAUAAAAAGGGAAGGAUGAGUGAAGAGGAGCAGAUUGAGAGGAUGAGGAGACACCAGGAAAGGGUAGCCAGUCGGAGGAAACCGCCCAUGUCCGGUCCCACCAGCCAAACCCAGUAUCAAAGUUCAGAACCGAAAGAAGAGGCCCCCUUUCCUCUGAGGGUGACUAGAGUCCUCACAGCCGUCUUGCCUUCCUCUCUGAUUGCCCGACGCGUUUCUGUCGAGGACCCCCCUCCCGAGUUGGCCACUCCGCUGCCUGAGCAGAUUCCUCCAGGAAGACUGACAGAGCAAAGCAAGCAAAUACUCCAGAAAGCGCCUAGAAGGCAGUUAUUCGAGAUGCCUGAUAAAAAUUCCAGUUGGUCCCAGGCAGAGAUGAGAGAGAUGAGCCAGGAGCAGCCGCCGGCCAAACGGUUGGCUAGGGCUCUACAGGAGCUAGCUUCAGCGAGGCAAGAGCAGAACUCCUAUGGGCUCAAUGCAACUAGGGCCCAGCAGAGCCACAGUGUCACCACCAGAUCCUCCAGAGAGGACCCCUGGAAAGAGGCGUCCAACACAGAGUCUGCUGUGGAGGCCCCGAGGCCCCAGCAGGGUCAAGACCGGGCCGUUGUGGGCAAUGGGGGUGUGGCCUCUAAUGGAGGCGGUGCCUCUGAUCCCAGGGUAAGAAAGGAGGAUGGGGGUCAUGACACUACAAGAGAAGUGUUGGGAGGAUGUCAGAGGGAGGAAGAGAAGGUUGAGGGACACGCCACUCUCCUAACAUCUGCCCCGGACCCUGACCUCUGCCUCACCCCUGAGCAGAGAGAGGCCAAACUGAGACGUGUGGAGAGGAUCAGGGAGAGAGUCAUCCGGAGUGCAGUCAGAGAGAGUGCCGUGGUGCCCGGACAUCCACUGACCAGGAUGGAGAGACAGGAGCUCCACAACACCCCUUCUACACAGAAGACCUAUGACAAGGCCAGAAAGAACCGGGAGAUGCCAGUUUCUGGGCCUUAUGAGGAUGUCUGCGGAGGCUGGUGUCAUAGUGACGGGAGGGUUCUACGUAGUAACAGGACGGUAGAACCUCCGACCCCUGGAGAGAAACCUCUUUAUGAAGAUGAGGGGAAGGGGCAUAUGAAAGGUCAUGAGGGUCAUAUUGGGAACAAAACACAGCACAAAGGUCACGGUGACAGAAAGGGUAUCAUGAAAUGUAAAAAAGAAAAGGAACCAUCCACUUCCUCCAAUAAGAUCUCCUCGAUGACUGUAUACCAAACUGACGGAGGCCUGCAAUUCAAGAGGUGUGAUGACAAAGAACAGGAAGAAGACCAAAAGGAACUCUCAUCCUAUCACGUUGAAAGCAGUUCUCUGUCCACCAACCUGAAAGCAGAAUGGUUCCUCUCAACCAAUCAGUGGCGAGAGUUCAUACCUUUACGCGACCACGGAAUAGAGUCAUUGUGCCAAAAGGAAACCUUGAAUGUGGACAAUGAGCCAACAUCUCAUGACGCAGGAACUGAUUCCAAUGGUGACACAUUUUCUGUAAGUGAAAGUUUAGAGAAAAUGUUGGAAAAUCAUUCACUCUUCUAUAAAAUCACAAGUGACAUCAAUCUGUCAGACACGGACAUUACAAUGACUGAUGGACAAUCAGUAUCCAAUCAGGGAGAAGAGAUUGAGGGGGCAACCAAUGAGAUUUCAACAGCAGAUGAAGUGACCUAUAGGGUGGUAAGACCAACAGACCAACAAAUUGAAGGUUGCCACCCUUCAGAAUCCUCCAAAAGUUAUGGUACAGCCACAGACGAUAGUGGAGACAUCACUACAACCAAUCAGCAGCAAGAUUUAACAUCUAAGGACCGGAACGCACCACUAUCUGCUAAUCAAACAUCGUGCGUCUCAUCCAAACCAGGACGUGACCUAUGCAUCUAUGAAGAGAUAUCGGACAAUGACGCUUUGCCCAAAGCAACAGAGGAACCCAUUCAGGAGAGUCAAGGGAAAAUCAUGCAAAGUCAGGAAUCGAGGAAACCUAAUCCCGAAUCGUCGAAUCAUCCUGAAUCAGAACAGGCCCCCUUUAUGGAUAUGCGUGGAUGGGCAGAAACAGGACAAGAGAAUCGUGGAACAGUAGAUAUGAAGGUAGAACAGGAGGGAGCUGGAGAGUUGAAGGUGGCCAAUAGCAGUUUAAGUGGAGAGAGAGGCGACGCGGUCCAAAAAAGAUGUAGCCUAUCCAAAACCAAUUCGCUAGGCCUAUACGAGGAGGGAAGGGCGGAUCGAAGUGCCUCAUUUGGAAGAGGCAGAGUAACUGUACUGCGGACAAGUUUAUAGAGGGACUACGAAGAUGGAGGAUGACAAGGAAGAUGUAGGACAAUAGAGACUGGAGUGAGCAAGAUGGGGGGGGGGGGGGG